AUGGUUUCGAAACUGUCUUGUUUCGUUCAUAAGCUCACGUUAACUAAGCCAUUAUUUGACAGUUCCCAAAAGAGUGUUUUCCGAAUCGUUUUGUGAUACCUAAUAUAAGAAAUUAUGACACAACGGAGUGGCGAAAAAAAUUUCAGUCAGUCUACUACGAACGUUCGUGAAGCGAUCAAGAUGCCCUCCUCACUAGCCUCAGCGGUAAACAACGAUUUCCAUGGGGCCAUUAAUCACUACCAUCAGCCUCACCACGUAGUGCCGCAACAUCAGUUUUCCUCAUACGGAUCCAGUAAAAAAAAGGAUACGAGAAGUAUAGGCCUUAGUGUACUUACGUUGCUCUCUUUCCUGUUUUUCCUGCACAUUUUGCAACAGUGCAUUCAGGAGCAGAUUGAUAGUACGGGCGUCAAUGGACCGCAAGUGGUCAUUAUGCAAACGAAGCUUGCCAAGGAACAGAGGCAGAAAGAAUUAAAGAAUAAUAAAAAUUUGCAUAAAUAGUAUAUAUGUUUUUGAGUUAUUUAAUUUUGUUUAUUUAAUGUUAAUAAAAUCAGAUAAAUAGAUAAAAGAAAA